GUAUAUAAGUAGAGAAUACACAGACUUGGACCAUAACAACCAAAGCUUUUGGUUAACACUGACUAACAAAGCAGCAAUGAUGUUUUAUCUUGUUCUCCUGGCGGUGACCGCCUCGGUACAUUCCGUCAUGUACGGGCCUGGUGCCCCGCUCCCUGUGGGCCCCCGUCUUGAUGGGGUCAGCACGAACCCCUUUGCCGGAUACAUGACCCUACCCAUCAAACGACAGGGAUGCCAACCCGCCUCCAAGUACAACGUGGACGCCAUCUUUGAUCGUAGCUUCCUGUGCCCCAAGAAUACCCAAAUGCCCCAGAACUGGCCUACUACAGUCCAGAACCGGUUCUUUAUCCCCGAUCAGCAGUUCCAAGAUUAUCAAAAGCAAAAUCUGUUAGGCUGCUUCACCAACCCCCAAAACGACCCCAGGGCCAUUGAAUAUUACAAGCAGACCUACGAUGCCCUGGAAACCUGGAAGUAUUCUGGACUUGAAAUGGAGUUCUCUCAAUGUUUCUCCGACCUCUACAAAUACGAGGAUGCUGUACAGAUCACCAAAUACAAGCUGGACCCCGUCUGUAAGACCCACCGUGUGGACCUGUCCGGGGAGGCCAUCUGGCACAAUUUUAAUGGCAUCAAGCACAAAUGCUUCAUUCCUUUCCCACAACAGCUGACCACAGUCAAGUGUACCCACUCACAAAAGGAUGACAUCGACAACUGCCGCAUGGGUUACGACAUCAGGUCCGAAUACAGAUGUGCCCCCACCAACUUCGUCCGAAGAAAGGUGAACUUGGUCUGCCCAGAAAUCCAGCGUGUGUUCAUUAGAUCCUUCGACGUGCCCACUGCCUGUAGCUGCAAACUGUGCUAUGAGUGCAAGGACGUGAUCCCCGACCCCCGGGUCUACAUCAACCUACCCCCCGCCAAGAAGUAAAACAAGAAUUCCACCACACUGUGAUAACUGACGACAUGAUGAAGACAACUGAAUGACGUCACUUCCGGCGUCAUGUCUCCACUGUGUCGUCUGUCCGACGAUUGUUGAAUCUUCCCCAAAGUGCCAUAUAUUUUUCUAAGAUUUGAAAUAUUGUACGAGAGUGUGUGUUUGUGUGAGUCGUUCGCAUUCGGGCGCGUGCAAUCUUCUGACUUGUUUUGUUUUGUGAUGUAUUGCUUUGUCUUUUAUGAUGUCUUUGUGAAUUCUAACUUUUGUAAUGUCCUUUUGUAAAUCAUCAUUUUGUUGUUAUCUGAAGUCCCUAUGAUAUUGUUGAGAUAUUUCUACAAUAAAAUAAUAUAAAAUUAAA